AUGAGACUUGGGUUAUAAUUUCUCUUUUGCUGUAGUACUUUGUAGUUAAGAUCACAAUCUGAUAUUGUAUUUAAAGGAAUCUUUUUAAUUAGUUUAUCUAUUCAAAACAUUUAAAGCAUAUAAAGUUAGAUCAUUAAAUUGAAGAUAUAGGCCUAUUAUUGCGAUCAAUCAAAAGAGGAAAUUCUUUAAAAGCUUGAGAAAAUCACAUAAUAAUCGGGAAUAUCUUGGAGCUUUAAUUCUAAGCAUUUACCAAAUAAAGAGUUGUCAGUAAAUGUGCUUUUUCUUUAAUAAAUCGAUUUUAAAAGUUUCACUUAAGUAUAGUAUAUUUAAUUAGAAAUCAAAUAUUUUAGGAAAAUUAAAUCUCUUGAUUUAACUUAAGGGAAAAAGUGAAAAGAAAAAGAUUUUUUUAAGUCCAAAAGAAAAGUCAUCUCAAAUUUUAAGAAUAAAAUAAGUCAAUGAGAAGAAAUAGUAAGAUAAGACAAUCCUGAAAGUGAUGAAGCUUUUUCAAAAAAAGUAAGUUAUGCUAGAAUGCUGUUGA